UUAGCAACGUACGCUGUCUCCAGGACUUUUCAACUUCAUUUCUUCCGUUUGAUUUCCGAUCAGACAAACACACACAAAAAAAGAUUGAUUUAAAGAAGAAAUUAUUAUCAUGGGAAGUAAUUUCCUUUCUCCGCCAGCAAAACGACCAAUUCAAUACCCAACAACGACGGCCGGAACCGGAAUGUUCGACCCGAACCCGGCAGCAAACGGAUUAUCCAACAAACGGCCGAAACAACCUCCUAAUACUGUCACAACAUUACCAAUACCAGUAGGACACGUGUCUUUCCGAGUACUCUGCCACGCGUCAAGAAUCGGAGGAAUAAUUGGAAAAUCAGGCAACAUAAUUAAGCAAUUACAGCAGCAAACCGGAGCGAAGAUCCGAGUAGAAGAGGCGCCGGCUGAGUCACCGGAUAGGGUUAUAACGAUAAUUGGACAGAGCUUGAUAGGUGGAGAAGCUGACGUGUCGAAAGCUCAGGAAGGUUUGAUUAGGGUUUUUGAGAGGAUUUUGGAAGUGGCGGCGGAGAGUGAUGGGAUUAAUGUUAGCGGCAGCGUUGUUUCGUGUCGGUUGUUGGCGGAGGCGAAACAGAUGGGGUCUGUUAUUGGAAAAGGAGGGAAAAUUAUUGAGACGAUUAGGAAGGAUUGUGGUGUUAAAAUUAGGGUUUUGACUGAUAAAAUGCCUGUUUGUGCUUUGCCAUCUGAGGAGAUGGUUGAGAUUGAGGGUAAUGUUUUAUCAGUAAAGAAAGCUCUGAUCGUAGUUUCUCGCUGCCUUCAAGAUAGUCAACCAGUUGAUAAGCCAAGGAUGACUGGUAGCAAAAGUUUGCAGGCAGUUCCCCAAGAAUCUUUGCAUGUGAUGCCUGUGGAGAUUCUCCCACAGCGUAGUACCAUUUUACCCACCAUGCCAAGUAGCACUAUAAGCUAUGCUCCAGUGGCUCAUCAUUUGUCAUUAGAGUCUAAUAGAGUGUCCUCUCUUGACACCAAGUUACUUAAGCAGGAAGUGGUUUUCAAAAUUCUAUGUUCCAAUGAUAUGGUGGGGGGUGUUAUUGGAAAGGGGGGCGCCAUAAUCCAGGCUCUCAAGAAUGAAACAGGUGCAUCUAUUACCAUUGGAUCCGCUAUAGCUGAUUGUGAGGAACGGCUGAUCACUGUUUCUGCAUCAGAGAAUCCAGAGUCUCAAUUUUCAGCUGCACAAAAGGCUGCUGUCCUUGUGUUCUCUAGGUUUGUGGAGGCUGGCAAUGAGAAGGGACUAAAUACGAGCUCAGGUAGGGGAUUUCCUUUUGUUGCAAGAUUUGCAGUACCAUCGAGCCAAGUUGGUUGUUUGUUGGGAAAAGGGGGCAUUAUAAUCUCAGAAAUGCGCAAGACAACUAGUACUGGCAUAACAAUCUUAGGAGGUGACCAGAUCCCAAAGUGCGUGCCAGAGAAUGAGCAAGUAGUACAGAUUUCAGGAGAUUUUAGGAAUGUGAAGGAUGCUGUGUAUCAUGUGACCGGCAGACUCCGAGAUUAUUUGUUCUCCUGUACUCUGAAUACUCCUGUUACAAGGAGCACUAGUGUAGUAACUGAGGCUAGUCCUUAUGGAGGAUUGAGGGAGCCCUUAAGGGAUGCGAUAAGGGAGCCCGUAAGGGAUGCGAUAAGGGAGCCUUGGAGGGAUACAAUAACGGAGCCGGUCAGGGAUAUAUUAAGGGAGCCGUGGAGGGAUACAUUGAGGGAGCCCUGGAGGGAUACAAUAAGGGAGCCGGUCAGGGAUACAUUAAGGGAGCCGUGGAGGGAUACAAUAAGGGAGCCAAUCAGGGAUACAUUAAGUGAGCCAUGGAGGGAUACAAUAAGGGAGCCGAUCAGGGAUACAUUAAGGGAGCCGUGGAGGGAUACAUUAAGGGAGCCGUGGAGGGAUACAAUAAGGGAGCCGUGGAGGGAUACGGUAAGGGAGCCGUGGAGGGAUACGGUAAGGGAGCCGUGGAGGGGUACAGUAAGGGAGCCGAUCAGGGAUACAAUAAGGGAGCCGAUCGGGGAUACAUUAAGGGAGCCUUCAGGAGAUGCAUUGAGGGAGACUUUGGGGGAUGCAACCACAGAUCCUUUUAGGGUGUCAAGAAUGGAGACAUUGACGAGAGAUUCCUUGGGAGAGGCAUUGAGGGAUCCUUUGAAGGAUACAUUGAGGAAUCCCUUAAGGGAUACAUUGAACGAGCCUUUGAGGGGAGCUGGCCCUUAUAAUUUGCACUCUCCAGCUGGUGUUUCUCAUAGUCAAAAUCAACAUUCUACAAUUACAAACAAUAUGGAUCAUCUCGGACUUUCCCAUAGUAUAGGUCAUCCUAUCUCACCAAGGUCGUGGGCAUCACAGACAAUGUCUGGAAGGAAUUCAAGGAUAAUUCCAGAUACCAACAGAGGAUUGGGUCCAUAUAAAGGCUCCGUAGAACUUGGCACUAACAGUGGAAGCAAAGCUGCUAUUGUGACUAAUACAACUGUGGAGAUAAGAGUUCCUGAGAAUGUCAUUGGCUCAGUAUACGGGCAGAACGGUAGCAAUCUUACUCGUAUGAGACAGCUUCUGGGAUUUGCUAAUUCCGGUCAGCUAAAAGUUGAAACUUUCUGAGAUCCUCUUGAAUCAAGGUCGAAGGUAUAGAUAUACACAACACACACAAUCAUAGUUCAAAUCAACACUUUUGAAGUGUGUGCACACAAGCACAUAUAUACACACAACAGUUAUUAUAUCCAGUUGUAACAAAAUCAUGUCUGAUGGAACUGCUUGGAGCAUCGUGGAACUUGUUUUCUUUUUUUAGUCAGAUGAGCUUUUCAAUUAGGAUCAGACUCAAUUCAGAAAGAGACAGGGAUUUGGGUUCAAAGAGAUGGCAGGAUCUAUACUUUUCUCCUCCUUUGAGAAGAUGCUAAGUCUUUCUGUACCGCAACAUAUCUGGUUUUUGAUUCGACAGAAUGAUUGUUGUCUGUUAAUAUUGUUGAUAAUGUAAAUUUUGUUGAUUUCUUCUGUACAUAACUUACUUUUGUAUAUGGAUUGCACCCCCCCUUUGGUGCCGUUAAUGAUUCUAUUUCAAAAAUACGA